GAUGUAGUGUUGGCGGGCCCUAUAUAUAAAGUUACCAACCAAUCCCUAUCUACUAUUCAACCAGUGAAGAAUAGCACCCAAACUUGCUCUGAGUUCUUCUUUGCAAUUCCAUACCUGUUUGAUUCCAGUGGUGUAAGCCAAAGAGGGGACAUUUCUGUGAUAUCUGACUAUACAAAUUUUUAGAUCAAAAGUGGAGAAAAAUUGAUUUUUCAUUUUUUUCCAUACGGUUCUUCAAAUUCUCUAGUCAUGCUUAAGAUCCCAGUCCAUCAAGUUGCUGGUCACCACGCUGGUGAUAGAAAGCUUGGCCCCCUAGUAGAUGAUUCUGGACGAUUCUACAAGCCUCUCCAGAGUGAUGAUCGUGGCUCCAAUGAGUUAUCCUUCUACACAUCAUUCUCUUCCAACAUGAAGAUCCCAGAUCACAUUCGCAGGUUCUUCCCGACCUUCCAUGGUACUCAGCUUCUAGAAGCAUCUGAUGGAUCCGGUUUGCUUCCUCACCUUGUUUUGCAAGAUCUUUCCAUGGGUCACCUCAAUCCAUCGAUCAUGGACAUUAAGAUCGGCUCCAGAACCUGGCCCCCACAAGCAUCCGAGGACUACGUAGCUAAAUGUUUGAAGAGAGAUAGGGAAAGUACAAGUGUACCAUUGGGUUUCAGGAUAUCAGGGUUCCAAAUCUACAGAACCAAAGAAACAGGAUUCUGGAAACCCAACAGACAGUUUUUUUUAAGUUUUUCUGCAGACGAUGUUAGGUCGGCUCUGAGGAAGUUUGUUUCAUCAAAUGGAUCUGCAGAUUCGGAUCCAGAUUGUGCUUUUGCAUCAGUUGUUUAUGGUGGUUCGACCGGGAUUUUGGCUCAAUUGCUGGAGCUGAAAGCAUGGUUUGAGGACCAAACUAUUUUCCAUUUCUAUUCUUGUUCAGUGCUUAUGACGUUUGAAAAGGAGUUGGCAUUGGAGGGAAGGAGCUCGGGUGCAGAAAUCAAACUGGUUGAUUUUGCACAUGUUGUGGAAGGUAGAGGUGUUAUUGAUCAUAAUUUUCUUGGUGGUCUCUGUUCUUUGAUUAAGUUUAUUUCGGAAAUACUUACCACUCCAGAUGAGUGUUACCCACCCAAAUCUUGUCUGCAGGACUCUGAGAAGAGCCACUUUUGUUCUGAUGAUGGCGUUAACGAAUAAACACAUUCGUGAGCCCUUUUAAUCAUAUAUUUGCUUUCUAGUGGUCUAUGCUGUAUUGUCAGGAUUUUAUGAAUUCUAAUUAAUUUCAGUCUUGGAACUGUAGUUUACUUGAAUAGAUUUGGAUUCAGGUUCUUAUAUAUAUUUCUAUAUUAUGUUCAAUCAUUCAA